AGUAGAGCUUGAAGGAGCAGAAUUCGCUAAAAAUGCAUGGAAGAAUGCUACAUCAUUUAACUGGAAAGACUUCCAAAACAAGAAUGACACUAUAUAUAGAAUGUUUAAGAAACUCUCUGUACUUGGCUAUAGUGCUCUGCCCGAAAAUGACUUCAACGAACUCAAUGAGAUUAUGGCUGACAUGGAAAGUACUUACAGCGAAGCGAAAAUUUGUGGCUAUAAAUCCUCGUCGGAAACAUCUUGCAAUUUAUCUUUGGAGCCAGAGUUGACGGAAAUCCUAGCAACUUCUAAAGAUUAUGACGAGCUGAAACAUGUUUGGUCGGAAUGGAGAGAUGCAACUGGAAAAAAAAUGAAGAACAAAUUUCUUAAAUACGUGAAAUUAUCGAAUAAAGCCUCUCGUCUUAAUGGUUUCUCUGAUACUGGUAUGCUGUGGAAUGACGUUUACGAGAGCGACAACUUUGAAUCAGAAAUAAAAGUAUUGUUGCAAAAAAUCAAACCUUUAUACAAACAGCUACAUGCUUAUGUUCGGCGAAAACUCAUAGAACGUUAUCCAAAACAUGGCAUCAAACCAGAUGGGCCGAUUCCUGCACAUCUGCUUGGAAAUAUGUGGGCACAAGAAUGGGGAAAUAUUUUUCCAGAAGUCAUGCCAUAUCCUGAAAAGAAAAUCCUCGAUAUUACAAGUUUACUGAAAGAAAAGAAAAUAAAAGCGUUAGAUAUGUUUAAGAUGUCUGAGGAAUUUUUCAUUUCUUUGGGACUGAAGAGGAUGACGCCAGAAUUCUGGAAGAAUUCUAUCAUAGAGAAACCAAAGGAUCGUGAAAUCGUCUGUCACGCUUCUGCAUGGGAUUUUAGCGAUGGCAAAGAUGUUAGAAUCAAAAUGUGUACUCAGAUCAAUAUGAAUGAUUUAAAAACUAUACACCAUGAAAUGGGGCACAUUGAGUACUUCUUGCAGUAUGCAGAUCAACCAGCCAUUUUUCGUGAAGCAGCAAAUCCAGGAUUUCAUGAAGCCAUCGGAGAUGUCAUGGCACUUUCAGUAUCAACUCCUGAACAUUGGGUUAAAAUUGGUCUUAUAAAGGAAGUAGAAGAUGAUAAAGAAACUGAUAUCAAUUAUUUGAUGAACAUAGCCUUGAAUAAAGUUGCUUUCUUGCCAUAUGCUUACAUCAUGGACAGAUGGAGAUGGAAAGUUUUCAGUGGAGAAAUAAGUGAAGAUGAAAUGAAUUCAGAAUGGUGGAACCUGAGGCAAGUUUCUUUCACUGCGUUUUCCACUCUGAUAUUUCUGUAAAAGUACAUUGAGUCAAAUGUCAUGUACAGUUAG